AAAAACAAGGAAGAGAUGUGAACAAGGAAGUGAUCCAGGACUUCGGAGGCAUGAGAUAGAUUACUUCUCUGGAGUUGUUAUCUUUUGUUUGCAUAUGUUAAUCUCAAACUGUAGUUGAAAGGUUAUGGCUGUAAGAGUCCUUAGAAUCAGUACGGAAAGCCGGGUGGACAUACGGCGUUAAGGUGACGGGUGGUUGAGGAGCUGCUGUUUUGACAGCUGGGUUUUAAUCCACUGUCCAAGCUACAGAGGGGUCCGCUGGAUCCUGAGAGGAACCUGCGGGGCUGUUUUCAGACAAAAGGUUCCACCGCCUGGCAGCCAUGGCUUCAGCCCGGCUGAAGUACCUCUCCCUGGGCGUGCUGGUGUUCCAGACCACCUCUCUGGUGCUCACCAUGCGGUACUCCCGCACCCUGCAGGCCGAGGGCCCGCGGUACCUGGCCUCUUCAGCCGUGGUGGUGGCUGAGGUCAUGAAGAUCCUGACCUGCGUGCUGCUGGUUUUCAAGGAGCACAGUUACAGCAUGCGAGCUCUGAACAGCAUCCUACGUCAGGAAAUCCUCCAUAAACCCAUAGAGACGCUGAAGCUGGCCAUCCCCUCUGGGAUCUACACACUGCAGAACAACCUGCUGUACGUUGCACUGUCCAACCUGGAUGCUGCGACCUACCAGGUGACGUAUCAGCUGAAGAUCUUGACCACAGCCCUAUUCUCUGUGUCCAUGCUGGGCCGCAGGCUGGGGGUCUACCAGUGGCUCUCCCUGCUGAUCCUAAUGGCUGGAGUGGCUCUUGUGCAGUGGCCCUCUGACUCCACGGCGGCCCCAGAGAAGGAGGCCCACUCUGCAGGCUCCCAGUUCGUCGGGGUCACAGCAGUUCUGGUGGCGUGCUGCUCUAGCGGCUUUGCAGGGGUCUACUUUGAGAAGAUCCUGAAGGAGAGCAAACAGAGCGUGUGGGUCCGCAACAUCCAGCUCGGGAUGUUUGGCCUGGUGUUUGGUCUUUUCGGGAUGCUAGCCUACGAUGGAGAGAGGGUCAGGGAGUCGGGGAUGUUUCAGGGAUACAACACAGUCACCUGGACCGUCGUAGCCCUGCAGGCGCUGGGUGGUCUGGUCAUAGCAGCUGUCAUUAAAUAUGCAGACAACAUCCUGAAAGGCUUUGCUACAUCACUCUCCAUCAUCCUGUCCACUCUUAUAUCCUACUUCUUGCUGCAGGACUUUGACCCCUCAAGCGUGUUCUUCUUCGGGGCGGUUUUGGUCAUCGCCGCCACUUUCCUGUACGGGUAUGAAGGCAAGCCGCCGACCAACCCCAGCAGGGCGUAGAGUGAUUUAACAGCAGCUAAGGAAGGACCUGUUCAAGCCUCAAGAUGGUGGGGAGGAGGGAGAGUGGUGAGGGGAUAGAAAAAAGGUCUUCAAGCACAACAAUGAGGACUCACUCACACCGAAAGUGCCUCAGUUCUGAAGGAGAAGCAAAUUGGGGACAAAACCCACCCACCCACCAUUAGAAUGUGUUUUUUCCUUUCCUGUUUUUUUUUUACUGUAGCAGAGAAAGUCCCGGCUGCCACGUCUGCAGACAAAAGACAAGAGCCUUGUUCAUGAUGGACCAGUUUGGCAGCCAGGAACUGUUAACUGCCACGUCAGUCACACCCAUGCAGUAAAUGAAUGCUCGUCUGCAGCCGCAGUAUUUAUUGUUCAUUAUGUGUUUAACUUCUGUAUGCAAACUUUAAGGCCUAAUGUGAGUCAUUGUUUAACACAUCAGUACAUUUCCUGACAGGGGAAAUAAGUUUGGCUGAAAGUGGUCCAGUGGUGUUCAGGUGUUGCAGACUUGAAAUAUUGUGCUCUGCACACUCUAUGGCAACCCCUUAGAAAUCAUUGGGGAAGGCUGUACAUCAAAUAAAACUGAAAUGGCUGAAGAAAUUA